AAGGAGGAAAUAACGAACUGUUUUUCAGGCUAGCAUCAAGUAGGUAGCAGUCGUCUACGAGUUUGUUUUUGAUUAAGUAUUCAGAGGUGAAUUAACUGACAAACGGCAACGUCAAAACGGUUGCAUUCGUUUUGCCUGGACUAGGCGGCAGAUGCCCGAAAAACAGUCGUUAUAUCAGCGUCCCGGCUCGGUAGCUACUUUGUAAAGAGCGUAUAAAGUUAGUUAGCCAGCAUCAACUCGGUGUUUGCUAACCGUAUAUUUAAUGCUAAGCUACGUAGCCAGCUAAAGCCGAUACAUCUAACAUUGUCCAGUUUUUCUGAAGUGGUUCAAGAUGCUUGAUGAUUAAGGUUGACGGGGGAUAUCCUUGCUAAUCCAGUCUAUCGGUGUCAGCUAACGUUAGCUACCUUUCUGGAAACACUGGGCUUUGGUAAAGCCAUGGCGGAUGAAAAUACACAGUUCUGUGGCAAUUGCAAACAUGACAUUCCAGAGGCUAAUUUCACUACUCAUGAGAUCCACUGUCAAAGAAACAUCGCCCUGUGUGGUGUGUGCCAGGAGCCAGUGCCCCGGUCAGAUCUGCAGGAGCACAUGCAGCAGGAGCAUACACAGAUUACAUGCAAGUGUGGUUUGAAGAUUGAGAAGAAUCGUGUUGAUGUUCACCAGAGCUCCGAAUGUUCUCAGCGGCUCGUCCCGUGCCAAUACUGUGAACUGGAGCUUGUUUUCAGUCAGUCCAAAGAGCAUGAGGAUUAUUGCGGUACACGCACUGAGCCCUGCCCGCACUGCAAGUGCAAUGUAAUGUUGAGGGAGCAAGCUGUGCAUCCAGUCUUAUGUGGAAGCCUCACACCGCCCCAAGAGAGGAACAACAGCAGGAUGAGUCGCAGUCCAGUAGAGCCACAGUCUCCAGGGGCGUGGUUUGAAUCCCACUCCAUCCGAAAUAUCAUCAAAGCCCAAGAACGAGGCUUCAAGAAUAACAACAUCAGUGCAGCAGAACAACAGGCCUUGGCCCGUGCAUUUGAUCCCAGAAUUUCUAACACUUCAAGGGGAAGCUCACAAGACUGGAAGAAUACUUCACAGAGGAAUAUGGCAUUCAGGCAGUUUCUGGGGCAGAGUGAUUUUCUGAGUAGCAGCAGCAGUAGCAUGUGGCAACAUGGUGAUCACACCCACGAUGAGGAUUCAUCAGGGCUGGACUACAUGCUGGCUCUCAGCCUGCAAAGUGAUGGAGAAUCGGUGGCUGGAGGUGUAGAGGGCAACUUGUGGAGUGAUAUCUGGGACCACAAGAUCGAGAGGACAUCUAACACCUCUGUAAACUCCUCUCCGCUCUCUCCACCCAACAACAACUACCCAAACUUCUCUUUAGGGACAAGCACAAGUGCAGUCCAGGACCAUGAUCAAACAGACACCAUGCUGCCUUGUGAGUUUUGCGAAGAGCUGUUUCCAGAAGAGGACCUCAUUCUGCAUCAGACUGGGUGCAGCCCUGCCUCCGCUUUUGCGUCUUUCAGCAAGCAGCCCUCCUCUCCACCUAAAGAGGAUAGGAUGAACAGGAAUGCCUCAGGGCUGAUGCACAGCCUCCCUGACACACUCGCUUCCAAUAUCCCCUCUUUCCCUCGGUCUGUCUCCCCGGUCUCUUACAGUCCUCCUGCCAGUCCACUGGAGGGCGAUGUGGUCAUUCCAUGUGAAUUCUGUGGUGUUGCACUAGAAGAGGCUGUUGUCUUUCACCAUCAGGACAAAUGUGAUAUGCGCCCUCAGACGGCCCAUCCACUGAAUAAUAUAGCAAAACCACCAGUAAGAAAACCACUGAGCCCUGCUAAAGACACAUUUGGACAGAUAUCUCCAGAUUUUCAGAGGAGAAUAAAGCACCAAGCCGACUUCCUGGAAGAGGACUUUGGAUUUGACAGACACAUCCCACCAGGAAAAAACCCAAGGGAAUGGCAGAGAGGCUACAUUGGACUACCAAGUCAAAGGAAGACAUCCAACUGUGAUGUUUCUGUGAAAAACAGACCUCAGCAGGGCAGGGAAGCAGAGGGGGCUCAUUCAUCUUUCUGUGACACUGACAAGUCAGGCUCUGCAUCUCUAAAGGGACUUCAUCUACCAGAAAAUAAAGAAGGGAGAGGGAACAGAAGUAAUCCAAUGACAAAGUUGCCCAAGAAGCAGAAUGAAGAGCAGCAGGAAGAGUGAGAGCAGGAACAUCUGGAGAAAUAUUAAAACCAAAUCUCCUACUCUGCUUUUCAUUUAUCUUUUUGCACACUUUUGAAAAUGAAACAUAAGUAUCUGAUAAGUGCCUGUGUGAGUAUUGGUAUUUUGCAGUUUUAUUAAAGUGUAAGUGAGUAAUUUGGUUUAUUCAUGCACAUUCUGCUUUAUUUCAAGAUUUGUUUCAAAUGUUUGUCUAACUUGUCAACAUCUAGCCUUAACAGAUAAAUUAUGAAUUGAAUUUCAUUAACACUAAAUUUGAUUUGAUUUUUUUUUUGUAACUCUACAAGUCAUGUCACAGCUCAUUAAGAACACUGAGAACAUCAAACACAGACACAUGACUCUGUCAGUGUGCAUUUGUCUGACUUAAUCUUUACCUUGUUACUUCAGCCAAGGACAUUUUGUUUUCACCCGUUUGCCAGUUCUUUCAGGGCAUUUCUCAGUGUUCCUGCAUCUUCGUGUAACCUAAAGCACUUUGAUCAAUUAUUAUGCUAAAAAGGGCUUUAGGAACAGAUUUGAUAAAUGUAUGCAUCUUUGACCAAGAAGAAAAUUAACUGUAUUAUUGAACAUUUGUCUUUUUAUAUUGUUGAAGAUUUGUCUUUAAUAUUCUUCAGUAAUAUGUUUUUUUUUAUAGCAUAUCUAAAAAACUAUAUUCAUGCUGUUAUGAUGAGAUGGCUUAUGAAGAAGUGUCUCCUGUUCCAACUUUCUUUUAAGUAGUAUGAAGAAGUUUGUGUUGUUCCUUGAUUUAAGAUUGAUAAGAUGUAUUUUGUGUGUAACAUAGGGAUCACUUUAGGAAAAUAUAUAAAAUAGGCAACCUUGUGCCACAGACAGUUCAGUCUGCAAAUUUGCCUUUUAACUACAAACAGCGUCUGACCAUUUUACCAAUUAAUAUCUCAUCAACUAGCUCAAGUAGAGAGCAACAGCUAAUCAGUGAAAUCACCUGGUGUGGUGUGUAUUUGGACCUGGGGCACUAUAGACACAUAGCUCACUAUUCUUGUUUAAGAACUACUAUCUAUUCUUUGUCUUGUGUGGUUAUUAAAUGUUUUAAUGAGGA